CUUACCACAGGUGCGCACGCUCUUCUCAGUCAACGACUCGCAAGCCUGUACUCGGUCAGAGCCUUGCGACCCACCCUUUCUUUUCAUAUAAUUCACUGGUCCAAAGAUAUGGCACAACCUCAAAGAGCCAUUGACCAUCGAAUUUCAAUGCCUCUCCAAAAUAAUGACUUGUGCAAUCAUCCCCGUCAGCCCUCGGCUGCUGAACUUUGCCCUCCAGAGAUCAUUGAAGAGAUCGUAUCAGGCUUGGACAAACCAGACGCUGCAUCCACUGCAAUUGUCUGUAAAACCUGGCUUGAACCAUCCCGCAGACGCCUGUACUCCAGCCUGCGGUUCAUAUACCCUGCUCCGCUACUCGUCUCUACACUACGGACAUGCGCGGCUGCGCGAUCAUACAUCCACACGCUGUCCUUGAGAAUAGCAUUUCCCCGGCCAAACAUCCCAGUGACACCUGCAGAUUUUGACUGGCUUCUCCUUCUCCCUCCGGGAAACAUCCGGUCUUUCCGUGUCAUUUUCGGUGAUUUGUGCUUGGAAGAUGUGAUUCUGCCAGAUGUCAUCAGGCAGCUCUGUGCGACCGGCCUUUCUGCGCUUGAAUCUCUCGUCAUAACCACUUCCGUCAUUGAACUAGAGACGAUCAAUCUCUUCGCUUCUCUCCCUUCUUUGAGAGAAGUAUGCCUUGGGGUGAUGGUGGCUGUAGUCUUGAAUGCGGAAGUCCCAGUUUUACCUCCGUUGACAAGACUCGGAAUAUAUACCAACGUUCUAAGUGAACUGCUACUAUCACUCCCAAUUAGUUCCUUGUCAUCGACUCUGACACGAUUCGACUUCCGAUGUACUACCGAAAGGGGGAAUACCCCACUUUCAUGCCUUCCCCCGAUUCUCAAGGAACUCAAACUUCUCCGUCGUUUGACUGUCGAUUCAGAUUUCACAUUUUAUUCCAUCCCUUUUAUGGACGACGUCGUCGGACAUCUCCCGCGGUUGGAGUACCUUCAUGUCUGUACUGGUAUAUGGAGCUCUGUCCUACUCGAACGUUUACCACCUUUGGUAACAUACUUGAGCUUGCAGCAUCUACGUACCGACAUUGACUCACUACAGUCAUUUCCCAUCCCAUCGAUUCUGCGAAUGCUGGAUGACCACGUCGGUGUUCUGCAGACCCUAGUGUUGCAGAUGUACAUUCUACAGGAGAUAGGUCUAGAGUCGUUGAUUUGCCGCUUAGGUAGCAUUGACCUCAUUGUGAGACCUGAAAUCGCUGUGGGCGAUCGAAGCCAUCUCAUCUUCGACAGAGAGUCAGACAGAUGGUAGAUAUUCGAACAACCUAGCAUAGACUAAACGGGACAGUAAACGAAGGAUGAUUCAAACAUUCAUGUAGUAUGCGAAACAAGUUAACAGAUCCCCAGGCUAUGUGGAGUAAGAAAUCUUCUUGUCAAGGUUCCGCUCGAUGGUACGAACGACUUCCGACGCACCAACGAUUGCCUCCGGUGGUGGAUAUCCUCCCUCAAGGAGGUUCCAUAACAGAGCAGCAUCAUCGAUGAACAAUCGCUGAUUUAUCUUCCCAAGGGAGAGAAGGCCAUUCCAUGGUUUCUCUUUGACGAGGCUCUAUCUGACGAGAAACUCUAGUUGAACGGAAGUUUUAGCUUCACACCUUUGUCCAAGCUUAUCGAACAC